UGCAUGCUUGUUGGUGUAGCGUCCCGCGUUUAACCUGUAUUGUGUCAUGAUUUGCUCCGGCUGUAGUUCGGCAAUUGUAUUAUCAGAUUUGCCGUUGAAAUGUGUGGGCUUUAACUGUGCACGUUUGUUUCACUACAAGUGCACCGGGCUCACCAAGGCGACGGCAAAGAUGAUUACAGACAACGAUAAUCUUUGCUUCAAGUGUGAUGAGUGUUUAUCAAACCAGUGUUGUGGUGGGCAACAUUUGACUCCGGACAUGAAGCGUAUCGAAGAAGAGAUGCAGAAAUUAACCUCUCUCUCUGACUCGGUCAUUCAAAUGCGGGAUCAAAUUGCGACCCAGAUAAACAGCGCGAUAAAUAUCAGUAUGGAACAGUUGAGAUCAAAUGUAAAGGAAUCUCUUGAAAAAUUAUUAUGUGAGAAAUUUGAAAAAUUGAAUCAUUCGGUUUUGCAAUUGAAUACAAAUCAGAAUAUAGCUGCUAUUAAUAAUGCUCGCGCGCGGAUUGGGAGGAUUCCUUCUGAAUCGGACCAAAUCGGCAAAAAGCGUAGAAUCGAAUACGAAAAUAAUGACGAUGUUUUUGACGACGGUGCAACUUUUGCGCAAGUUGUUAAAAGUCGCGGUAAAAACAAUAAAUCUAACUCAAGUAACAAAAGUAAUACUAAUAUCGGAUUUAAACCGGUUAAACCUAAGACUCGUCCGGUUAUUGUGAUUAAACCGAAAGAGUCCAAACAACCUUGCGAGGAAACUCGGAAGUUUUUGAAAACUAACUUAGAUCCUAAAACACACAAAGUUAGUAAUUUCAGGAACGGUAAAGAUGGUUCCAUUAUUGUCGAAUGCGCCGUUGGCGAAAAUAUUGAUUUAGUGAAAAAUGGCAUUCAAAGCAAUCUGGGUGAAAAAUACAGUGCUGUUGUUCCCACGUCGGUGCCUAGAUUGAAAGUAGUGGGCAUGAGUGAGAAUCUUUCUCCUGAUGUUUUCAUUGACUAUUUAAAGAGUCAAAAUGAUUGCAUCACAAUCAAUGAGUUACGAAUUCUGAUAUGAAAAUAACCGAUCAUGAGACAUUAGUAAUUAAUGUUCUAGAAAACUUGAAUAAUA